AUGGGGACCCGGGCCCCCAAGGCCCUGCUCCUCCUCCUCUUGCUCCGGCUGUUGCCGCCACGCGGAGCCUCGGCGGGGAGCCUGCAGAGCCCAGGCCUGUCCGAGUGCUUCCAGGUGAACGGCGCCGACUACCGCGGCCACCAGAACCGCACAGGCCCCCGCGGGGCCGGCCGCCCGUGCCUCUACUGGGACCAGACGCAGCAGCACAGUUACAGCAGCGCCAGCGACCCUCAGGGCCGCUGGGGGCUGGGCGCGCACAACUUCUGCCGUAACCCAGAUGGUGACGUGCAACCAUGGUGCUACGUGGCCGAGACAGAGGAGGGCAUUUACUGGCGAUACUGCGAUAUCCCCACGUGUCACAUGCCUGGGUACCUGGGCUGCUUUGUGGACUCCGGGGCACCUCCGGCCCUCAGCGGCCCCAGUGGCACCUCGACAAAGCUCACCGUCCAGGUGUGCCUUCGCUUCUGCCGCAUGAAGGGCUACCAGUUGGCAGGUGUGGAGGCCGGCUACGCCUGUUUCUGUGGCUCUGAAAGCGACCUGGCCCGAGGACGCCCGGCUCCAGCCACUGACUGUGACCAGAUCUGCUUCGGCCACCCGGGCCAGCUGUGUGGUGGCGAUGGGCGCCUGGGUAUCUAUGAAGUGUCCGUGGGCUCCUGCCAGGGGAACUGGACCGCACCCCAGGGUGUCAUCUACUCCCCGGACUUCCCGGACGAGUAUGGGCCGGAUCGUAACUGUAGCUGGGUGCUGGCCCCUCCGGGCGCCGCGCUGGAGCUCGCCUUCCGCCUCUUCGAGCUGGCCGACCCGCGUGACCGGCUGGAGCUGCGCGACGCCACCUCGGGCAGCCUGCUCCGCGCCUUCGACGGCGCUCGGCCGCCGCCGCCGGGCCCGCUGCGCCUGCGCGCCGCCGCGCUGCGGCUCACUUUCCGCAGCGAUGCGCGCGGCCACGCGCAGGGCUUCGCGCUCACCUUCCAGGGGCUGCAGGACGCCGACGCCGACCCGGCGCCCCUCGAGGUCUCGACUCAGACCCCAGCAUCGCCCCUCGACGGGGCCAACGUGAGCUGCAGCCCCGGGCCUGGCGCUCCAGAGGCCUCGAUGGGGGCCCAGGUCUUCUCGACGGUGACGGCCGUCUCGGUGCUGCUACUGCUGGUGCUGUCGCUGCUGCGCCUGCUGCGCGGACGGGGCUGCCUGCUGGCUCCGGGUAAAGGGUCCCCAACGUUGGGGCCUUCCCGGGACCCCACAAGAAGCUGGGCCGUUUGGUACCGCCGGCCUCGAGGGGUGGCCCUGCCCUGUCCUCCCGGGGACCCCCAGGUUGAGGGUUUAACCGCGAGUUACCGGCCCUUGAGCGCCUCCAGCCAGAGUUCCCUGCGUUCACUCAUCUCUGCUCUCUGA